GCAGGUCAUUACGAGGCACAAGCAGCUCGAGCCCUUCAACGAUCGCCCCCCACAUUUGGCCAUCUCUCAGCUCGCCUUUUGUCACCGGUGCUCGAAAGCUUGCGUAACAUACCAUAUCCACAGUCUCUGUCGCAGUCGCCUGCUUCAAAAAUCAUCUGAAUAGCAUCAAAUAUACGCCAAGAUGGAUCCUUCAGUACCUUUGGUGGUGGAUAAUGGAACGGGUUUCGUCAAGGCCGGGUUUGCCGGUCAAAACUUUCCUACCCAUGUCUUCCCCUCGAUCGUCGGUCGUCCCAUCCUCCGAGCCGAAGAGCGUCUAGGAUCAUCCCAGAUCAAGGACCUCAUGAUCGGUGACGAAGCCUCGGAACACCGAUCUUUCCUCCAAGUUACCCAUCCUAUGGAACACGGUAUCGUCAAGAACUGGCAGGACAUGCAGCAUCUGUGGGACUACACGUUCGACGAGAAGUUGAAGGUGGAUACCAAGGGGAGGAAGGUGCUGUUGACAGAACCCCCGAUGAACCCGAAGAGCAAUCGAUUGAGGAUGUGCGAGGUCAUGUUCGAGGAGUAUGGUUUCGGAGGGGUCUACGUCGCGAUCCAGGCCGUGCUCACAUUGUAUGCUCAGGGUCUGCAGACCGGUGUCGUCGUCGACUCUGGUGACGGUGUCACCCAUAUCGUGCCCGUCUACGACGGUUACGCCCUCCCUCACCUUACCCGUCGGCUCGAUGUCGCCGGAAGGGAUGUCACGCGGUACCUGAUCAAGCUGUUGCUGAUGCGGGGUUACGCGUUUGAGCGGACGGCCGAUUUCGAGACUGUCAGAGGGAUCAAGGAGGCUUUGUGUUAUGUCAGUUAUGAUCUCGACAUGGACAAGAGAUUGUCAGAGGAGACGACCACGUUGGUGGAGAGCUACACUCUUCCAGACGGACGAGUGAUCAAGGUCGGAUCGGAGAGGUACGAGGCCCCGGAAUGCAUGUUCCAGCCUCAUCUCGUCGAUGUCGAACAACCUGGUAUGGCCGAACUGCUCUUCCAGACGAUCCAGCAGGCGGCCGUCGAUACCCGAUCUGAGCUUUACAAGCACAUUGUCCUGUCCGGUGGAUCGAGCAUGUACCCGGGUCUGCCGAGCAGGCUGGAGAAGGAAAUGAAGCAAUUGUACCUCACCCGUGUCUUGGGAGGAAACGCUGAGAGGCUGAAGAACUUCAAGAUCCGUAUCGAAGACCCUCCACGACGAAAACACAUGGUCUUCCUCGGAGGGGCCGUCCUCGCCGAUAUCAUGAAGGGCCGAGAAGAGUUCUGGGUCACCAAAGCCGAUGUCGAGGAACAGGGUCUCGUGCGGGCGUUGGAAAAGCUCGGACGGGGGGAUUAAUCUCAAGAAGUAGGGGAGAGCGAAGUGAUGUGUGCUUUGUGUGUGGAGUUGGUCGAGUUGUAUCGAAUGCGGAAAUGUUCAUGGUCCAACGUCUCGCGGAUCGUGCAG